AUGGAGGCCACCAUGCUCCUCCUCUCCGUGAAGGAGCUGGAGGACCGUGCGAAGCUGCUGAAUCAGCGACGCGGGUCCGUGGUCGGCCGGAACCACAUCCAGCGGAAUCGCCUCCUCGGCCACGAGCAGCUGAUGGAGGACUACUUCGCCGAGGCAUGCAAAGCCAAUUCAAAUUACUUCAAGCAACGUAGGAAUGCCGCCGGGGUGAUGGGUUUCAGCGCGUUCCAAAAGAUCUCUGCUGCCAUGAGGGUCAUUGCGUAUGGCAUCCCUGCGGAUUACACCGACGAGUAUCUUCAAAUUGGCGAAGAUACUACAUCGGAGUCGGUCCGCAGGUUUGCUCGCAUGAUUAUCAAGUUGUUUGGGCCAACGUAUCUCCGAGCUCCCAAUGAUGAUGACACCAAACGCUUGAUGGAGAUAAAUGAGAAAAGAGGUUGGCCGGACAUGCUUGGUAGUCUUGAUUGUAUGCAUUGGACAUGGAAGAAUUGUCCAAAGGCAUGGCAUGGACAGUACUGUGGCAAGAGCAAAGAUGCAACCAUUGUACUUGAGGCCGUUGCAUCACAAGAUUUGUGGAUUUGGCACUAUUUUUUUGGUUUGUCGGGGACACUCAAUGACAUCAACGUGCUGCAAAGGUCUCCUUUGUUUGCCAAAUUAGCAAAUGGGGAAGCACCCACUUGCAACUACAAGGUCAUGAACAAUGAGUACACAAUGGGAUAUUACCUAGCCGAUGACAUCUAUCCGGAUUGGGCAACUUUUGUUAAGUCUGUCAAGGAUCCCCAAGAUAGAAUUGAAGCUGAAUUUGCCAAAGCUCAAGAAGUAGCUCGAAAGGACAUUGAGAGAGCUUUUGGUGUUUUGCAAGCAAGGCUUGCCAUUGUUCGUGGCCCUGCCCGAUUUUGGGAUAAGAAAAUGUCGUCGUGGUGA